AUGUCAAUAGAGAAGAAGAUUGAGUACAAAAUAAAAUUUACUUUAAAUAGUAUGACUGCAAAGUUGAUUGAGAUUAAAGAUAUAUUAGCAAAAGACAGAAUACCUGAAUUUAAAAACAUGUACAAUAAUUCAAAUAAGGCACAAUUAUUUUGUUCCAACAUCAACGAAGAAACCUUGUUUUCCAUGAGCACUAUUCCGCUUGACAGUAAAUCAACAACUCAUAAAGUAUUUCUCUGUGAGGUUGCUGUUGGUAAACCAAUAUUUGUGAAUAGUGAUUUUAUAAAACAAAAUCUUCCUAUUCCAUCAGGAUAUGAUUCUUUAGUUGUUGGAGAGCUCAAUGAUGAGAUAGCAGUAGACAGUAAAGUAGAUACAAGUAGGUAUAAUUAUGUAAUUAAGGAUAAAAAUAAGAUACUCCCAUUGUAUGAAAUUGUAUUUGAGUAUGAUCCAGAAUUUGAAAAGGUUGCAAGAAACAAGAACAUCUGUGUAAAAUGUAAAAGAAGGGAAGCAAUAAUGUUUUGUCCACCUGAAAGAGCAUCUUUCUGUAGCGCAUGUGACAACGCUAUUCAUAAGGAUGAAUUUUUAAAGAGACAUGAAAGAAAGUAUUUUGCUCAGGUAGGACAAAAAAAAUUUUCAACCUGUGUACAUCACACAACUAAAGUUGUAGAAUAUUUCUGUGAAAAUUGUCUUGAGCCGCUCUGUUCAUAUUGUAAAAUCAAUGGGUCACAUGCAAGUAUUGAAUAUGCAAAACACAAAAUUAUUCCAUUCUAUGAUGCAUGUAAGUCUUUGUCUGAUGAUAUUUCAGAAAGUACUAAUGAUGUGAAUGCCUAUAGAGGAAGAUUAGAAAAUGAAAUUGAAAAGUAUAAUCAAAAUCUCAAAGAUUUUUAUGAGAAUUAUGAGAAAAUUAAAGAAUGUGUUGAGAAGGAAUAUAAAAAAACACUUCUACAAUUAGAAUACUUAAAAAAUAACCGUCAACAAAGCUUUAAUGCCUAUUUGAUUGAGAUGGUUAAGUACAAAGAUACGUUUAAAAAAAUGGUAGAUUUUCCACAAGAAAUGGAUCCAACAGACAAACUACAGUAUUACAAAGCUAUAUUGCACCAAAGAGAACUAGAAAACUAUCCACAAUACAUAGUUGAACCAAUUGAUGAAAUAAAGAUUGAGGGCAAACUUUCAAUAAAAGCAACAGAUAGUCAGGAAGUAAGUUUAAAGAAAGUUAAUGAAAAUAAAAGAAACAACGUUCACUAA